AGCAGCGCUGAAGCAUCAUCCCUAUGUUGUGUGCAGGCGCUUGGGACGGAUCUGCAGGAUUCAGCCGCAGCAGUUGUUUUGCGUCGGAAAGGGGACCUCUAGUAUGAGAACUUCCAUUCCAGCUCGUUUGGUUUCUUUCAUUCCCAUAUUUGAUCAUUUUAUUAGUUUUGCUCAUCCGACCUCAUUGUUUCCCCCGUCUCAUUUUUCUACUACUGUCAUCCACAGUUUGUUGCUCACCUCCACCACCAGCACCAGCUGAACGGGGAAUAUCUCACCAUUCCACCACCACCAGCCAUCAGUAUCUUUUUCUGCUGCUGCUGCUGCUGCUACUUUGGAUUGCUACCUGCAUUGCUGGACUAAAACGCAGGGGGAUUUAUAUUUGUAUUGAUUCAUAUCUGCUGCCCGGUCCACAGCGGACACCACUACCUUUUCUCUCUGAGGGAUGUAUUAUACCCGGUGAAGUGUGCGCCUUGAGAAAACGGGGGAGAAUAUUAACGCACUCUGCUGAAUGAACUACUGCCGUGCGCCUUUGGUUUUGGAGCAGGUCUCUCGCCUGGAGAUGCUCUAAUACAUCUGAUCGGGGUUUGUGGUCCGUGCGUCUCCCCACUGGAUCGGGAUAUAGGCGAAGAAAUUGUCGCGGUCAGUCCUAUCUGGAGCGCCUGACGUCUCGUUUUUUGGACAUACAUCGUUAUUUUGAGACGGAUUGUGCACCCACCGGGAGGCGGUAGGCUAACCAUGGGGGACUCGAUGUGGAGAUAUUAUUUUGGAGUUUUGUUUAUUGCCUGCAAGGUGGACUUGUCCCGGGCGCUUAUCCUGGAGUCUAUCUACUGGAACACAACAAAUACCAAAUUCGUGCCGGGCCAGGGUGUGGUAUUGUACCCCCAGAUCGGGGAUAAGUUGGACAUUGUGUGCCCCCGCGUGGACGGCGGGGUGAGCGACGGCGUGGAGUAUUACAAGGUGUACAUGGUGCCGCGGGAGCAGCUGGAGAGCUGCACCAUCACCAAGGCCGACACGCCGCUCCUCAACUGUGUGAAGCCCGACCAGGACGUCAAGUUCACCCUCAAGUUUCAGGAGUUCAGCCCCAACCUGUGGGGCCUGGAGUUCUUCAGGGGGAAGGACUACUACAUCAUCUCUACGUCUAAUGGCACUAUGGAGGGCAUCGACAACCAGGAAGGGGGAGUGUGCAAGACCAAGUCCAUGAAGAUAAUCAUGAAAGUGGGACAAAAUCCCUCUGACCCUAUUUCACCCAAAGACAACCCCACCAGACUACCUUACCCACCCAAGCACCCCGGCGACAAGGACUCCCGCGAUCCAAAUAACGAAGUGCUGGAGAAGCCAGGUGUAGCGCCCAGAGAAGGCGAGGGGAACAACAGCGCCGGCGGCAAGUCCUCCAGCGUCAUCGGCUCCGAGGUGGCCCUCUUCGCCGGCAUCGCCUCGGGCAGCGUCAUCUUCAUCAUCAUCAUCAUCAUGCUGGUCCUGCUGCUGCUCAAGUACCGGCGGCGGCACCGCAAGCACUCGCCGCAGCACGCCGCCACGCUGUCGCUCAGCACCCUGGCCACGCCCAAGCGGAGCGGCGGCGGCGGGAACAACAACGGCUCGGAGCCCAGCGACAUCAUCAUCCCACUCAGGACUGCUGACAGCGUCUUCUGCCCGCACUACGAGAAGGUGAGCGGCGACUACGGGCACCCGGUCUACAUCGUGCAGGAGAUGCCCCCGCAGAGCCCGGCCAACAUCUACUACAAAGUCUGAGCCUGCGACUCUGAGGCGAGAGACGUUUUUUCGGAACAAUCCCCUGGCAGGGCGGGUUUUUGGUUUUGUCUGGCGCGGCCGGCACGCCCGCAAACACUCUCUCUCACUCUCUCUCUCUCUCUCUCUCUUUCCCUCUCUCUCACUCUGUCGACCCUUCCUCUCUUCUGAUGUUUAGUUGCUAUCUUUUUGUUUUUUUUUUCCGCCCCUCGAAAAAAUCUUGACUUUGUUGUGCUGGUUUUCGGUUCUUAGUACCAGGUUCUUGUGGACGGGACGGGCGGAGGGCUGCCGCCGCCACUGCUGCUCUCUCGGGGCUUUUUGGGGACCAGAGAGGAGGACCGUCUCUCCUCUCCCCCAUGCCGCUCCCUGUUUUGUGUCUGUGCACUACGACCGGCGUCGCGGGGGGAACUUGCGUUUGUGGGAUCCGAAAGACGGACUGUCGCUGCGGCGUGUGUGAUUUGUUUUUGUUUUUUUUUUAAUCGGACGGGACGGACAGACGGAUGUGAGGGUGUCCCGGGAACGAGACGGGAGCCGAGAAGGAGUCAGCGGCCUCGCCUUAAAGAGAGACUGCUGCUUGGGAAAAGGAGAGGGAAAGAGACAACAAAAAAAAAUACGAGGAGAGGUGCAAGGAGGAUAUUGGCAGACCAUGAACUCGCGUCACAAAUUGGCCGCCCCACCCCUCCACCCCCCCCCCCCACACACACACAUUACUCACUCUGUGGAUUUACCAGCCAAACGUGGACAAGGAGAGGGCUUCUCGACGCUCCUCUCUGGGACUUCCCUGACUGACUCACAGAGAUGGAGAUCACUCACUUCACCCUGUCACCCACACACACACACUCACACACUCACCGGCACACACACACACACUCUUAUCCUGAACUGUUUGGGUCCUAGCAUGGACAACACCAUCUCUCCUCACUCCCACAGUGCAUUCUAUGUUUCUAGCAAGGCGACAUUCUUCAGAUGUUACUUGAAGGUUUUGGAAGAAAAAAAAAAAAACAACAGUUCCAUUUUUUUUUUUUUUUGUAUUGUCAACAUUUCUUUGUCUUAUUUUUGUUUAUAUCUGGUUUUCAUACCCUGGUGUAGUUCAAGUGCAGAUAGUUUUUUUCCCCCCCCUUCCGUGACGUGUUGUUAUCAGAAUUCAUAUCGUACGUGACGUUCAGACACAAGUGACCCACGCGUUGUUGCGGCCUGUCGGCUGGGAGUGGCGAGAGUGUUCGAAGUUAGGACUGAGGAUUUUUUUUUUUUUAUUUUGCGCCCUCUUGCCAGGGGAUAGGGUGCACACGAUCAGCCCUCUGUGGAAAUCAGGUCUGCCCAGGUGGCUUCUGGGACGGGUGGAGGACUUUCAUAUACAUAGAGCAGCACUUUUAACCCUUUUUGGUACCUCCACCCUCCAACGCCAGGCCACAGAGAGAGACAGAGACAGUGAUAGCUAGAGAUAGGAGAGCAGCUGCAUCCCGCCAAGUCAGGGACAGUUCGAGGUAAACUUUAGUAGCGAGGGCUAGCCUGAACUUUUCAGAAACUGGACUUUUUCAAAUGGGAAAGUGUUAGGGCAAUAAGAAAUCCAACUUGCCUUACCGCCGUUGUCGCAUUUCAGUGAAGAAGACGCCCCAGAUCUAGUUGAGGUUAGCACAGCCGGUGGCUGAAACUGCUCUAGGUACUGUAAUGUUUACCCCCAGGGGUCCGAGGAUGAUUGAGGGUGCCCCGAGGGCCCGAAUCAGAGUGACCGGUGCUCUCCUAUUCACGUUCAAAAAAAGCACAGGGACAUCUACUUACAUUGUCACUGUUUCUCAAUCUUCAUUAGCAUUUCUGUAUUGUGAUUUUUUUUUUUUUUUAAUUUACUUUGUUUUUUCUUUUUUUCUUUUUACAAAAUAGAUGUACAUUUAAAAGAUGAAAAAGUAAAAAAAAAAAAACAACAAAAAAAAAAACGACAACAACAAUGAAAAAGCAGAAUUUAUUUAUGAUAGACACAUAGAGCACAGGUGUUGUCAGGCGGUAUGGAGAGGAAGUAGAAGAAGAAGAAGAAGUAAUGUUAAUAUAUUAUGGUAUAAGUGCACAUUAUGCAAGCUAGGUUUUUGAUUAUUUGAUAUCUCUUGACCCAUUGAGUCCCAUAUUUUCAUGAGCUCUCGUCCAGACGGCUGCCUCUUCCGGAGACACAGGGCUAGGUCCUGGGAAGGGGACGAGGGAGGGCAGCCUGGACCCUGGCCUGAGGGGAGGAGAGUGAUCUGACCCAAAAUAGCUCACAUGGGUGCACACAAGGGCAGAGUAGCUGUGUCUCCCACACUCACUCACUGUAGCAUCUCCCAAAGGACGAUUCCCACGAACACCCAGUGCCCCUGAUUCUUCUCAUAAACACCCUUCAUGUUUUCUCUGUGCGUGCGCAUGUGUAUUCGUGUGUGUGUGUGUGUGUGUGUGUGGUUGCGCGUGCGUGGAUGCACCUCCUCUUGAGCAAGUCUAUAUCGUAGUAGACAGAAACUUCAGUUAGCUCACAUUCAUUGUUAUCUUUGGCUUAGGAGCAUUAUGACUCGAUUGUGACUUAGGCCAAACCCCCCAAGCAUAUAUCAGCCCAUCAUCGACAUUGUCAUUUGUUCAAGAAGAACAUCAAAUUUCACCGAAAAGCCAAGCCUUGUAUGAUCUGAGGUUUGUGCCUCUAAGAGGCUACAAAAUCUGCAAAUAUGCAAUUUUUAUUUAUUUUUUUAAUCAAUUCUGAAAAAAAAAAAUACACCUAUGGAAAGUGUUCUUAACCACUGAAAGAUGUAACGACAAACAAAAUGACACAAAACUAGCAAAGUACGUCACACGAGCCUGCUGUUAGGGUUUUUUUUUUUUUUUUUUUUUUUUUUUCAUUUGUAGUGUUAUUUUAACCUUUUUUCUGUUUUGACAAUGUGCCGUAGUACAAAGGUAAACUGUGAAAAAUGAAACCAUUAAAAAAAUGUAUCACACCUGGACAGGUAUUUAAGAAAAGGUGGAAAAAAAAGAAAACCAUGUAACACCAACAAAUGGCUGUUUAGUUGCUGUCUGACUGCGGCAGAAUAUGACAAUCUUAUUAGUUUCUUUGAAUCUGACGUCCUUAUCCUAGCCGUCGCUUGGCUGACGCUCCGCCAGCGCUGAGACAAAUCGGUUUGAUCGGCUCGGCCGGUCACGAAGCGUCGCGGCGAUGCUGUGGGAGUCUUAGCACGCAGGCUGGGAGAAGCACCUCAGGCUACUGUAAAAUGCCUUGCUCGUAUGGUCAGCCCUUGGUCACUUGACUCAGUAAUUUUGCACCGUACUUCUGUAGGUAAGAAACUGUAAAUACAUUAAUGUUUGUAUUGUAUAUGGAUCCUGGGUUGUUACGAUAGCCUUAUUCACCUUUUUAGGAAAGUAAAUGGAAAAAAAAAAACGUACAGAAAAAAUGGAAUACACUUCAGUAAAACAGAGCAUACUACUUUUUUGGUAAAUAGCUUGUGUAAAUAUUGACCAGAACCCAAUAAAAAAACAUUUUUUAUAAACUCUUAAAGUAAGAUGUUUUGUAUAAAAUUUGAAUUUUUUGCUAUGUAUUUUAGCUAGCGCUCGUUGGAAAGCCCAUGUCCUCCCACUCCCUCCCCUUUUGCACUGUUUCCAUGGUAAUUUGGUUUAAAAAAAAAAAAAAAAAAAACGAAAGAAAAGUUGCCAAACCGACUGCUGCAUAUUUGUGCCAUAAGUGUGUACCAUAAAUAUUUAUUGAAUUAGUUUUUUUCUUUUCUUUUUUUUGUUUCUGUUUAUGAUUUGAUUUCAGUCCAGUUUGUAAGAAACACAGUAUUAUAACUGCAUUGUUUGUUUGUCUACCCCUGGUUUCUUUAGUCUGUCAUGGUUGCCGGGUGGCUGUAGCCCCUUCCCCUCCCCCCCCCUUGCAGUAUGAGAUGGCCAGGCCGUGAAAAAAUGGUUUCAACUUUCAAAAAUUUAAAAAGACAUGAAAAGUGAGGAAAAAUGACACAUUCCACCAGUCUGUUACGAACUGAAAAUGUUUUUCAAUAAAAUGUUUUUCCUAUGGA